UCUCUCUCCAGGCUUCGUCCCACCCUGUCCAUGCUUAUUACGCUUCAUGUAGCCAAAUCUAUCAUUGUUAAAGGGAAGCGCUUGCAUUGCAUGGCUGUGUGCAUUACUGCACUUUGACUCCUAUGGCCAUGGCAUUCUCUGCCCUAACACCAGUCUUUAUAGCAAUCAUCUGUGUCUUAAUUGGAAUCAUACUGAAAAGCAGCAGGAAAGGAACUGAGAAAAAGGAAAGUACACCCAAUCAGAAGGCUGAGUCUCGCCCAUGGGUGGAUGAAGAUUUAAAGGACAGCACUGACCUUCAAGGAGAAGAAGAAGAUGAUGGUGGCGAAUGGCAAGGCUUAGAUGACGACAUUGCUCACAUCCCUUUCAUGACCGAGCGUUACUCUGAAGAAGACAUGGUUAAAAGAUCAAAGGAUUUGUACACCCUUCUCAAUAAGAGACGGUCUGUCAGGUUUAUAAGCGAUGAGCCUGUUCCAAGGGAAGUCAUUGAUAAUGUGAUUAAAGCAGCAGGAACAGCUCCCAGUGGAGCACACACCGAGCCAUGGACCUUUGUUGUAAUACAAGAUCCAGAAGUAAAACAUAAGAUCCGGGAGAUCAUUGAAGAGGAGGAAGAAAUAAACUAUCAGAAAAGAAUGGGAGACAGAUGGGUUAAUGACUUGAAAAGACUAAGGACAAACUGGAUCAAAGAAUACUUGGAUACAGCUCCCUACCUGAUCCUUAUUUUCAAGCAGGUGUAUGGAAUGCAUCCAGAUGGAAAAAAGAAAACCCAUUACUACAAUGAAAUCAGUGUUUCUAUUGCCUGUGGCAUUCUCCUUGCUGCACUACAGAAUGUGGGUCUGGUGACAGUGACCACAACGCCACUGAACUGUGGCCCACGCCUGAGAGUGCUGCUGCAGCGUCCAGUGAAUGAAAAGCUCCUUUUGCUUUUGCCCGUUGGGUAUCCCAGUAAAGAUGCCACAGUACCUGACUUGAAACGAAAGCCAGUGGAUGACAUUAUGGUGGUUAUAUAAAUAUGCUAUGGUGCAGUUGGGACAAAACCCUCAGAAAUGUAUUUUUUCACAGAAAACAGUCUUUGGCCAUUUCUUCCCUGCACACAUCCACAAAUUUAUGCACACCCACAAUUCCAAAGAGGAUGCUAUAUGUGAACUGAAAAUACUGACAUACCUGGUUACAUGUGAUUCCCGCAGCUUUCAUGAUAACAUGUAGCUGGGCAUGGGCAUAUUUCUGUUUCACGUGCAACAUCUGCCACAUAAGGAUGACCUGGCCAGGGCACCCAUGUCCAAAAACAUUCACUUAGAGGAGGCCACAGCAUGUCUGAACCAGGGCCAGACUUUGGGGUAAAAGUCUGGGGUCCCUAUUUAUGAGAUCAGCAGGGUGAUCUCAAAACCAGAACAGAGCUUUACAUCUGAACAAUAUGUUAUCAUAUAAAGAAAGCAAUUACGACAAUUGUCCUAUGUCUAAAAUUACCUUAUGGCAUCACUAGUUUGAACUGGCACAUGUGUUACCUGAAAUGGUCUCCUUGCAUAAAUAUGAUUUAUGGGGGAAUUAGCUAGCAAGGAAGACGGCUAUAUGAGAGGCGGUAACUGGAAUCUAUCACCUUUGUAUACCAGGUCCCAAUCCCAAUAAGCCAAGCAAGUCUGGUGCUUCAAAUCAAUCAGUAACUUUAUGUACAUACAUGCCAAUUACUGGGGGAAAUAACCCCAACACACACACACACACACACAGUCCUAGGAAAUAAUAGCCAGAAGUGUGGGAAUACAGCAAGAAGGAGUAAUUAUAUCUACCUAUCCUGGAGAAGGGGUCCAGAGAGAAGCUUCAAACGUCCUGCAUGUCAGCCCAGAGAGAGAGAUGUGGAACAGUGCUUGUGGAUCCAGAGAAGUAAGCAAGCAUGAACGAAGAGAGACUUUGGGGGGGGGGUGACCCUAAGGGAGAAGCCAGGAAGCUUGCACGAUUUGAAUGAGGCCAGAACUCAACCUUUAAAGGCAAAAUGUGCCCUGAGGUGGAGGAGAGUCCUCCUGGCAGUUAGGACAAAGAGUCCAAUGGUUGGUUCCUGGGUGUAACAAAGGAUUCGAGUACUUUGAUUGAUGGCUGUCAGGGUGUGUGAAAGCAGAUGCAAAACUCGUCCCAGUGCUGCACAAAAGGGACAGUUUUCCUGAUGAAGUACCGGAGCAAGGUUAAGUGUUUUUAGAGAGGGGAUACAAUGUGCCAGGAACGACUGUACAUGCUUAUGAAUGCCAAUUGAUUAAUUCCUCAAUCACGGACAGGGGUCUCAUUAUGGGAGGAGGGAUAGGAAUGUGCUAAGUGGGGGUGUCUCAGCAAGACCUUUAUUGCUCUGGGCCUUCUGGAGUUUGGGUGGACAGCGAGGCCAGUUGCAUCACAAUACCUCUGCAUUCCAAUGCGGCAUUCCUUACAUGCCUUCUCCAGGGCAGGAUCUGGCAACGACAGGGGCUCUCUGGUUGUCAGUGCUGCAGCCAUUUUAAACUCCAGAGGCCUGUAUACUUUUAAUGUCAUGAGCGGUCAUAUGAAACUGCUAUUAAAAAUGGCGGAGGCCGGGCUGACUGCUCACACAUGGUCUAGACAGUCUUCUCCUUUUCCCCGUCUCUCCUUCAGCCACAACUUAUGUGUGUUUCUCUGACACUUUCAUAGUACUAAUAAUGACAAUGGGUGUGUUUACUAAUGACUGUAAGUAAUCAGAAUAAAUGAUUUGAUAGGUUUAAUUAUUGAUUAGUAUUAUUGAUUUUCUCAUGGGAAAUAUGAAAUUAUGUUUAAACAACCUUCAUUUCUUCCAUUUUUAUGCUCCAAGGUCUAAAUUACAUAGUAGCUUGUCUUGAUAUUUUGAUUUGUAAGAUACACAUGUGAGUAUGUUCUGGUGGGGAAAAAAUGGAGUUAAAUAAGAUAGCCAAAUCUUGGCAUUCAUAUUGCUCCCUCUGCAUACAGAUAAGUAAGUCUUGUAUUGUUUUAUAUAGUACCUCUUCUGUUUUAAAUUAUGUUUGGAAGACGUGUUUACAGGCAACUUUAAAGUGCUUCAGCUGAGUUUUGGCUUUGUAUUUUUCCCCUGAAAGAGUGUCUUAGAUACAAUGAAAUGCUCUAUUUGGGCUCAGCUUACAUGUAUUAAUUAAAGCCUUUUUAUUUGUUUGCUGUAAUGACCACGUAAUUUGAACAGCUAUUCAAUUGAUGCCUGAUCAUAAGGGUAGCUCUAUAAGAAAAUAAACAUGGAUAUGUCACAUA